AUGCAAUGCCUCGGCGUUGUCUUGCACGGUAGAUUUGCAGCGCCUUUCCUAGCCCGAUCAGCAAGUUCUGCAGCACCCAUCACACUCCGCCCGUACCAGGAAUCAUGUCUACAAGCAUGCAUGGAGGCUCUCGCAGGAGGUGCUACCCGGAUCGGUGUCUCGCUCCCUACGGGAAGCGGUAAGACCACUGUGUUCAUGUCUUUACUCUCCCGGAUUGCCCCGCCCAGAGACAAUCCGUGCGCCACCCGAUCUUUGGUCAUAGUGAACAGCAUAGAACUUGCCAGACAGUCUGCUGCCGCGGCCGAAGCUCUGCAUCCGGAAUGGAGGGUGGAGAUAGAACAGGGGGCUAAAUAUCAAGCAUCCGGCCUUGCAGACGUUACAGUGGCAACGUAUCAGACAUUGCUGCAAACCCAGCGACUAGCGAAGUUCGUGCCAUCAUCACUCAAGGGUGUGGUGGUAGAUGAAGCCCAUCAUGCUGCUGCCCCCUCAUAUCGGCGCAUACUUUCCCAUUUCGAUGCCAACAUUCGUAACCCGGAUGCUUCCUUCGUACCCCCGGACAUACCACAUCAAAUUCCUAUCGUCGGGUUCUCCGCUACAUUCAGCCGCCAUGAUGGUCUGGCGUUGGGAUCAGUCUUCGAACGCAUCGUUUACCAUCGAGACUGGCUGGAAAUGAUCAAGGAUCAAUGGCUCAGUGAUGUACGGUUCACCUCUGUGCAUGCCAACAUCGACUUGAGCAAUGUAACCAUCAGCGCUCGUACCGGUGACUUCAACGCCACUAGCUUAGCGCAUAUCAUCAACACCCCUACUGUGAACAAAUUGAUUGUUCAAGCGUGGUUGGAUAAGGCCGCGGAUAGGAAGUCCACGUUGGUGUUCUGCGUCAAUAUACACCACGUCAGAGAGCUGACGCGGGCGUUCCGCGACGCUGGGGUUGACGCUCGCUAUAUACACUCCGGCACUCCCGCCGCCGAACGGGCUGCGCUUCUUGCGUCGUUUCGAGCCGAACAGUUUCCCGUUCUGCUGAACUGCGCCAUACUCACGGAAGGAGCUGACAUUCCCAAUAUCGAUUGCGUAAUGGUUGCACGCCCUACGCGCUCGAGAAAUGUGUUUGCUCAGAUGGUCGGACGUGGAAUGCGCCUUUCUCCGAAUACAGGGAAGAAAAACUGUCGAAUCAUCGACUUUGUCGAUAGCACUUCCCGAGUCACAGGAAUUGUUUCCACGCCGACACUCUUCGGACUGGAUCCUACAGAAACCAUUGAUGAUGCAUCCACGGACUCUCUGGAGGAAAGAGCUGCGAAAGCAGAGAAUAAUACAGGAAUGGAACUGUCCCGGCAUGACACUUCUUCAGAUGUGCCCAAUCCGAAGACAGUCACCUAUAUCGACCAUGAAAAUCCAUUCUCACUCGCGCACAGUGCAUCUGGCGCCCCCCAUAUCACCCAGAUGAGUAGGAACGCGUGGGUUGGCUGUGGUGGUGAAGUCUACGUACUGGAGUGUCUUGGAAAGGGCUAUAUUCGGAUAGAACCGGUGGAACCGAAGACAGAUAUGGAUGAAGUUGCUUUUCAGGCGCAUUUCACACCGGCCAUGAUGGAUAAAGGGACGGCCCAAGCACUACGAUUGUCGCCUUUCGCAAGGAGCCGAAAAAUCCUCAGCGCGUCUAGUCUCAGCGAUGCAAUCAAAGGAUGCGACACAUAUGCCGCGACUAAGGUCUUGUUUGGUCCGAUGUCUCUGGGGCUUCUCCGUUCUGCGAGGUGGAGGACACAUCCUGCCACCGAAAGUCAGAAGGCGUUUGUCGCAAAGCGCUGGCGUGUUCGGCCCCAGACUGUACUUGAUGAAGGCGGGAAGAGCGACGGGGGUGCAAGCCUGACAUCAGGAGAACGAAUUGUUACGCUCACCAAAGGAGAAGCAGCUAAUAUCAUCACUCGCCUGAAGCAUGGCGCACAGUCCCGGUGGGAAAAGAAGAUGAAGGCUGCUCAGAAGAUUGAGAGUGCAGCAUCAGAAGCCUUGCUCAAAGAGAAGAUCAGACGAAGUCGAGAGAACGUCAGGGUUGGACCUCUGAGGGCUAUUGACUCGUGACAGUGGUCCCUCUCCAAUGACGCGUUCCAGGCGUGCGGGAUCCAGUUUCGCCUGCGCCCUUUGCGCAAUUGUUCCUCUUGGGUGAUACGUUAUAUCAAUAGCUUAUCAUCGAGGUCGCAUUGGCGCCUUGAUCGCCAGCGGAGACUUGAGCCGGGUGGCUUGCCAAAUAUUGGAGAAUGUGCACGUAUUUGACAAAGGGAGUGCGUUCUUACUGCGCACAUCGUAU